GAAUGCAGGGGUCCGGGGAGAGCGGAUAUAGUGAAUGCAAGGUCCGGGGGGAGAGCGGAUAUAGUGAAUGCAGGGUCCUGGGGGAGAGCGGAUAUAGUGAAUGCGGGGUCCGGGGAGACCGGAUAUAGUGAAUGCGGGGUCGGGGGGGAGAGACCGAUAUAGUGAAUGCAGGGUCCGGGGAGACCGAUAUAGUGAAUGCGGGGUCCGGGGAGAGCGGAUAUAAUGAAUGCAGGGUCCUGGGGAGAGUGCGAUAUAGUAAAUGCAGGGGUCCGGGGAGAGCGGAUAUAGUAAAUGCAGGGUCCGGGGAGAGCGGAUAUAGUGAAUGCAGGGUCUGGGGAGAGCAGAUAUAAUGAAUGCAGGGUCCAGGGAGAGCGGAUAUAGUAAAUGCAGGGUCCGGGGGAGACCGGAUAUAGUGAAUGCGGGGUCCGGGGAGAGCGGAUAUAGUGAAUGCAGGGUCCGGGGAGAGAUCGGAUAUAGUAAAUGUCCGGGGGGGUCUGGGGAGAGCGGAUAUAAUGAAUGCUGUGUCCGGGGAGAGCA